ACCAUCUGUUUGUUCUUCAUUGUCCAGACUCUGAAGUUUUUUCCUCCUUCUACUCUCCUCGAGACAGGCCUCAUCCACCUCUAGAAAAACCUCCACCAAUAAACUACAUAAUCCGCCAUCAUGCCCGGAAAAGUCGGCUGCUGCGAAAUCAUCAUCGCCUUCUUCCUCCCCUUUGUGGGUGUCUUCAUGCGCACUGGAUGCAGCUGUGAUCUCCUCAUCAACAUCUGUCUGUGUAUCCUGGGUUGGGUACCCGGUGUCAUCCACGCCUACUACAUCCUGGCCAACAAAUAAACAACUCAAUUGAUAAUAUGGACAUCUGUUUCUGAUGUGUUGGUCGGUUCGGUGAAAUUCGCAACCCGGGCUAUCUCCAUUACGGGCGCUCUCGGCGUAUCGACGGGGCCAUUCAUGAUUUGCGACUAUUAUUAAUGUUUACUUUUUCUGCUUUUUUUGUAUAUGUAUAUAUCCCACGGCAACAAUUUUCAUGACUGUU